AUGUUCCAAGAUCCUUCAAUCAAGCUUUUUGGAAGUCAUAUUCCCAUUACCACAGAUUCACACUCUUUCUCCUCCUCUCAGAUUCACUCUCUUCCACAACAACGCAUCAACAUCAUGAAUGGACUUGAAGAAUCAACUAAUGCUGAUGUUAGUGUUUCUUUGAAUGAAGUUUCUAGCAAUCAAGCUUAUCCACAAGAAGAUGCUAAUGCUAUUCCAAACAUGUACGAAACCGUCGCUUCGAAAUCGGGGACCGAAUCAGUUCAUAGUACUUAUGAACAGAAGACUACCAAAAGAGAUAUUGAAAAUCAAGGGAAAGCUUUCAAGAAGCCAGACAAGGUUCUUCCAUGUCCUCGCUGCAAUAGUUUGGAGACAAAAUUUUGCUAUUUCAACAAUUACAAUGUUAACCAACCAAGGCAUUUCUGCAAAAAUUGUCAUAGGUAUUGGACAGCUGGGGGAGCAAUUCGGAACGUUCCUAUUGGAGCCGGUAAGCGUAGAAAUAAGCAUUUGCCAUUGCAGAAUUGUCAGGUUCCUGUUACCCUUGAUGCAGUACCUGUGAUACAGACAGAUUCCAUCCCUGCUAGUCACAGGGAAGAAGUUCCUCUUAGUGAAUCACUAGAAACUGUGUUAAAUCUCAAUGGCCAUAGGAAAACCGAAAUGGACUCUUCUACUGUUAAAGAUAAUAUUGAAGACCCUUCUAGCUUUUCUGCCACAGCAGCUAAUUCCGGGGAGAAGGAGUAUUCUGUAAACGGAAUAGAACAUGUUGGUUUGACACCUCAAUACAAUGGCUUAAUUCCUUUGCAUUCACUUCAUUAUUGUUCUGCUCCUCCAUGGACUUAUCCAUGCUGGAAUCCUAUGCCAUUUAAGCCUGAUAACAUAACCUCCAGUCCUGCAACCAUGAUGGCAGUAGAAAUACCAAUGACACCUUCACCGUAUUGGGGUUGCAUGCCGAAUUGGGCUGGCCAAAUGGAAGAAUUUAACGGCAUUCAAUCACCUACAUCUUCGGUUAGCAGCGGCAUGUGUUCCGGUAAUAGGUCACCAACUUUAGGAAAACAUUGUAGAGAUGGAAGUACACAAGCAGAAGAUACAAUGAAACACAAUAUUUGGGUGCCUAAAACUAUCCGAAUCAAUAAUCCAGAAGAGGCUGCAAUGAGUUCUAUAUGGUCAACUUUGAGAACAAAAUCUCAACAGAACAAACCUAUUAUGAAAGGAGGUGUUUUCAAAUCAUUUGAACCUAUGUCAAAUGCAAGUUCUCGAGAUUUAGACGAUAAUCAAAUUCUAAGAGCUAACCCUGCUGCUUUCUCUCGCUCCGGAACUUUUCAAGAAAGCAUUUAA